UUAUAUUAUGACAUUUAAAUUCAUGUUUUACACCCAAAAAUGCUGAAUUUUGACAAUAUUUGCCGUACCUGUUCAUUGCAGGGUGAAUUAAAACCUCUUUUCUUUGAAGAUUUUCAAAGUCCUGCAGAAAUGUUAACCCAGAUAAUUGAUAUUAAGGUAAUAAAAGGUGAUAAAUAUCCACAAAAUAUUUGUACGAGAUGUUUGGAUACUUUAAGAUCUGCUUACAUAUUUAAGAAUCAAUGUUUAGAUGCAUUUAAAAAAUUUGAACAAUAUUUAUCACUUAAUUCAGAAACUAUAAAUAUCGUUUGUAAAGAAGAACCGGUUAAUGCUGUUUUCGUAAAAGAGGAACAACAAUCAGAUCAUUCAGAAAUAGAAGACGAGUUGCUCGAAAUAGAUAAUAAAUUAGAAAAUAAUACAGAGAUAAAAUCUUACGAGUGUGAAACGUGCAAUGAAAAAUUCGAAAAUCAAAAAAAUUAUGAAAAACAUUUAAAAAAGCAUAAACAAUUGUAUAUUUGUCCUAUUUGUGGUGAACAAUUUUCAAGUAAAUAUCCGUUAAAACAACAUAGCCUUAAACAUUCAAACGAAAAACCUUAUAAAUGUGAAAAAUGUAACGCCCAAUUCAAGCAUCCAAAAAAUUACAAAAGUCAUCUCAAAAAGCACGAAGAAUCAUACAUUUGUUCAAUUUGUGGUAACCAGUUUUCAAGUAAGAAACAUUUAGAACAACAUAGCCAGGAACAUAAUAAUGAAAAACUACUCUCCAACGGAGAUUGUGAAAAAUCUUUCGAUCAAUGUCCCGUUAAGUUAAAAAAUAUCAGUGAUGAGUUCGUUAAUUCCAAAGUGACGGUCGAGAAACUUUUGCCAAAAGUAGAAUAUAAGAAAAAAUUCCUUUGCGAUUAUUGUGGACGUGGGUACACUGAUGCUACAAAAUUAAAUGCUCAUAUACGAACUCAUACCGGUGAAAAACCUUUUUCAUGUAUUGAAUGUAAUAAAUUUUUCACAGGUAAAAAAAAUUUACGGCAACAUAAUCGAAUACGUCAUUCGAAUAAAAAACCCUAUAAAUGUGAUUUUUGUGAAAAAAGUUUUACCAUGUCACAUGUGCUAAAACAACAUUUAAGGAUACACAUGAAUGCGAAACCAUUUACAUGUGAUAUUUGUGAUCAGAAAUUUCGAGAAAAACAUCAUUUAACUCGACAUCAAUUCGUACACACCGGUGAAAAACCAUUUUCAUGUAGUGUUUGUGAUAAACAAUUUACACAAAAGAGUAAUUUACGUUCGCACAUGAAAACCCAUAUGGGUGAAAAACCGUAUGUAUGUACGGUUUUCGAGUAGUUUAAAAAAUCAUUGUACCAAGUAUUUAUUAUAAUAAAGAAAAUUUGAACGUUUUCUCAAAUAAACUUUAUACAUUUGUUGAAAAUUUCGAAAAAAUGAAUAUGUUA